UUAGCUAACCGUUAGCUAAAUUGCUAUAAUUUCAGACCAUUAUCUUUCUAACGCUUAACUAGUUAUAUAUUUCCAAUUUGCUUUUAGCUACUGAUGUUUGUAGUGGAUUAGCAUGCUACGUAGCAAACGUUACCUUGCUAUGUCUUGCCACUGUAACGUACAGCACGGAUCUGACAUGUGAGUUAGUACUUUAUGCAAGCUAGCUAAUAAGCUAGCUAAUGUUUAUGCUAUUUUCAUAGGUAUCUGCGUCGGUCAGUGAUGAACAGACUGAUAGUGCUGCAUCUCAGAAAAGAGAGGAGAGACUCCGAAAAUUCCGUGAACUGCAUUUCAAAAGGGUGUGUGUUCAAAGGUUCUCCUAUUUCAGACACAUUUUAGUAACGUCAUAGUAGCCUAUCCUCAUUUGAGUUCAGAAGUAGCUUGAGUUUACAUGGUAUAUCUUGUCUCUGUGUUCUUUGUAUUCAAGUUCUGGAAUGUAUGUAUUUUGUGGUAUCCAUUGCAGAAUGAAGCGCGCAAGCUCAAUCACAAGGAGGUUGUGGAGGAGGACAAAAGACUGAAGCUACCAACUAACUGGGAGGCUAAGAAAGCCCGUCUGGAGUGGGAACUUAUGACGGAUGAAAAGAAAAAGGUACCAGUUUAUCAACCGACUUAAUUAUAAUAUAUUAAUUAUAUAUGCCAUUUAGCACAUGCUUUUAUCCAAAGCAAUUUACAGUCAUCCUUGCAUACAUUUUACGUAUGGAUGGUCCUGGGAAUCAAACCCACUAUCCUGGCAUUUUAAGUGCAAUGCUCUACCAACUGAGCUACAGAUGGCCACUGCUAUGUUGAACAUAAUUAUUAUUACAGAGGCACUGCUUUCUGGAUGAACCGUCACAUGCGUAGGAUUAUGUUUUAUUUUGUUGGCUGAUCACAGACAGCAGGAUGUCAGAAAUCAACUGCAAGUUGUGUACCUUAGGAUAAUAGAUAAGUAAUGUUAUAAGUUAUCUAGUAAUUGUAUGCACACUGUUGCGGUUUAGUGACUUGGUGUGUCUGUGAGAUUUCAGGAGUGUGCGGCCAAAGGGGAGGACUAUGACCGGGUGAAACUGCUGGAGAUCAGUGCUGAGGAUGCUGAGCGUUGGGAGAGAAAGAAGAAGAAAAAGAACCCUGAUCCAGGAUUCUCAGGUGAGAGAUACUACUCUUUUUUUUUUGAGCGAACAUAACAACCAUGCCUCAGCUGGUCAGUUUUUCUGAACAAGAAAACUCUGGUUUCUACUUAUAGGCUAUAACUGGUAAGGCCACAUGGUCAGGAAGAGCUCAGGUCCUCCUCUUUAGCUGAGGGCCAUUCAAUCAUGGGCUUGGAGAGCACCUACCAGUAUGUCAUGCUGUACAUCCUCAAUCCAUAUAUAUUUUUUAAUCAAGCUAUCAUCUAAAAUAAGAUAUACGCCUGGGGAAACAAGUGGGAAAGAGUGACUUUUUAAUGUAGAGCCUGGUUGUUUGUGAAGACCUCAACUCCACAAAGACCAGUCUGAAAUGCAGCAGAAAUUAGAUUGUGGAAGACAGCUACUGGAGGUGGUACAGUCACUCCACCACAGGGUAGCCCUGAGGAAUUCUGGGUGCGUGUAAAGACCCCUUGGGAUACAUCAUUUUUAACUGCCUCCAAUUUAAUCUGCCAAAAGGGAUCACUGCAUUCCCCAAAUAUGGCUGCCAUCUGUUGCAUCAAAAUGUCUCUGAAUUAAACCUCUGGGGAGAAAAUUAUCACCAGAGGGGCUUGAAAGCGGGGAAAGCGGCCUCCUCAUCUCCCCUAACCAGACGCAGGUUUUGUCACAGAGCUUUGCGCCUGCUUGUUGUUUGUUCCGGUAAUUAUAACCUCUCUUGUUUGCUGCCAUUGGCCCGCAGGUUACGCGGAGGCCCAGCUGCGACAGUACCAGCGCCUCACCAAGCAGAUCAAACCAGACAUGGACGGCUACGAGAGGCAGCGAGAGCAGUGGUGAGCCGGCGCCCCCUCAUAAAACUCCUCUCUCAUUUUCCAUUACUGAGUGUCUUUGAUAUUGUCUACAAUGAGUCGGCCGUGCAGGGUUGCCUCCCAAUGUCCUCAAGCACAAGUCGUAUAUAUUGGUUUUGAAAAGGCACAUGUUUCAAAGAAGACUGUUUCCCCCAUAAAAGGGGUACCAUUACAUUUUUUUAUUGCGUCAAACAAAUGGAUAAUUGACGCUGCUAUCACACAGUUUCACUGAUCAUGUGCAGAAAGCAUUCACUUAAAUCCCAGGCAGUGUGCCCCAAUCCUGCCCCAUGGUUAGUUUUGACAUUGUCACAAAAUCAUUUAAUGUCUUAAAAGCGUCAGUGUGAGGCAUAUGCUCAGAGAGGAACGGUAUGGUUAUAGUUAUGGUGGGUUUUCUUGAUCAGCCAAAGAUGAGUUCAGAACCCACAGGUUUUUCCCCUUAAUUGCUGCCACAUGUGGAGCUGUGAAGGGUGCACUACACUAAAGCAUAAUGUUCCCAGUCAUAGAGAUGGCUCAUAUUCAGCUUGGAGAGAUGGAUGGCGUUGAGGAGGAUCAUUAUAAUUGAUAUUGUGUUAACCGACUCUCCUGUUCUGUCUCACAGUGGCGAGGACUUCCACCCCACAUCCAACAGCCUGAUCCAUGGGACCCACGUCCCAUCCAAGGAGGGCAUUGACCGCAUGGUGGACGAUGUGGAGAAACAGUAAGUGUAAUAGAGACGAGAGAGAUCCUAUCCCCCUCUGACCUCCCAUUUAAUGCACUGGAGUCCAAAACAAGGUCCAUUUGUGGAAAGAGUGAAAGCCCUCUGUGAAUGGGAGAGGCAGACAUGUGCGUGCAUGAAGCCAGGGCAUAUCUGAUGCCUACUGAAUGAACCCCAGUGUUGGGAGCCUGAUGGGGCUGGCUGAUAAGGCUCUUUUAUGGUAUCACCCGCUGGGGAGGUGCUGGAAAACUUGUCUGUUCUUUCUAGCUUAGUGGGAGUGUUGCCUAGUUAAUGAACCCUCAUCUCUAAUUCACACCCCUUAGAUUACCACAGUUUCUGUUGCAUCUGCAUGAAUGGUGUUAAAUUUGCCAGAUAGAACGGAUUUUCCCCAAUCCAAUAAUGCAUGGCAUGCCUUUCAAAAUAAAGGCCAUGGAAUAGAGCAGUCGAGCUGCACAUUAGACCUUCCAUACCAGCUACGGUCAAGUCCUGAAGUCCCUCACACCUGACCAGCAUAUUACCUUCCCUAGUGUCCCUGGGUUACAUUAGCCUUCUAUCUUUCUUUUCUCUCCUCUUUGCGCCCAACUAUUUUUGGGAGUCCUUGUGUUAGUGAUGCUCCUGUGAGAGAUUAGACAGGGAAGGAGCUGCCAGGGCAUGACGCACAUCUCCGCUUUGAAGACACACUAAGUAAAGGCUGUGAGUUAGCAAAGUGACUGUGUGUGCCAGCCUGUGUGUUCAAGUAGAAGAGUAAGGUUUUCCAUUGGUGCUUUGGCAUAUGAAAUUGUAUACUGUCUUCGUUUAGGGAUUGUUGCCUGUGUGUGAUUGAGUCGUUCUGGAGAGGUCGGAUUUGAUGUAACUGAAUUAGGUUUUUCUACUAUGAUUGUUCUUUUGGUUUGUGAGUUGUGUGUGUCCUUGACACUGAUCCUUUGCUGUUCUUCGCAGGAUUGAGAAGCGGGCCAAAUACAGCCGGCGCAGGGCCUACAACGAUGACGCAGACAUCGACUACAUCAACGAGAGGAAUGCCAAGUUCAACAAGAAGGCAGAGCGGUUCUAUGGCAAAUACACAGCCGAGAUCAAGCAGAAUCUGGAGAGAGGCACAGCAGUCUAACUGGACUGGUCAUUCUAAUUGACGCUACCAUUUCCACUGCUUUGUUGUAACUGAAGGCCAUAAUUAGUCACUAUGGUUACAGGACCGUACAUAGAACAUAGAAACCCCAUUUCAGUUGGUGACAAUGCUUACGUAUCUGAGAUCUAAGUUUGUAUUUUGUCGCUGACAUUUCUUUAGAGGCAUUUUAUAACUAAAAAUGUUUUACUGUAUUGUUACUAAAACACUUUGAAUUACAUUUUUACAUUUUAGUCAUUUAGCAGACGCUCUUAUCCAGAGCGACUUACAGUUAGUGAGUGCAUACAUUUUUCAUACUGGCCCCCCGUGGGAAUCAAUCCCACAACCCUGGCGUUGCAAGCGCCAUACUCUACCAACUGAGCUACACAGGACUACUUGAAUCAGGUGGAAUAGCUAACUCUGAGUACAACCUGAAUAUUCUUGUAACGCUAUUCCUGCCUUUCUGUCAGUGUUUAUGGUAUGUAUGAACA